CCACGGCUGCUGGGUGUGGUCUGCGCUGAGCUGCCCGCGGGUUCGGAUAUAUCAGGGUAUUCACAAAAAAGAAAGGGGAUCACUGUCAGAUCUCGGAGCUGCUGGGAUGAAGGACAGUUCACCAGAUCUAACUAAAUUUACCGAGUAGUCUGACGUUCAGAGAUCUCACGACAAAGCCAAGACUAGAACCCAUGCAUGGACCAUGGAAAGGAAUAACGUCAUCGACUUCAAGGCUUUGGAGAAAGAACUACAGGCUGCGCUCAUUGCUGAUGAGAAGUACAGCCGGGAGAAUGCUGCCAAAUUUCGGGCGGUGGAACAGAGGGUGGCUACCUAUGAGGAGUUCAGGCACAGCAUUAAGUCCAUACCCCAAUACCGUUCCUUUGCCCACAGAAGUAUUGUCCUUGCAUCACAUCUGAAGCCACUGGAGCGUAAGGAUAAGAUGGGAGGGAAGAGAACUGUGUUCCGGAACUGUCACACGACUCAGGGAAGGACUUCCCAGGAUGUGGCCACAGAAAUCUCUCAGAAGACACCUCUCCAGCCGGAGACCUCAGCAGAGUUCUAUCGGGAUUGGCGGCGACACUUACAGAGUGGGCCAGAACGCUACCAGGCACUGCUGCAGCUUGGAGGUCCAAGGCUGGGCCAUCUCUUCCAGACAGAUGUAGGCUUUGGACUUCUAGGGGAGCUGCUAGUGGCACUGGCAGAUCAUGUGAAGCCAGCUGACAGAGUGGCCGUGCUGGGGAUCCUGCGCAGCCUGGCCAGCACCGGGCGCUUCACCUUGAAUCUGAGCUUGCUGAGCCAUGCGGAGAGGGAGAGCUGCAGAGGCUUGUUCGAGAAGCUGCAGGCCAUGGGCACCCCAACACCCAUGAAGGAGGGGCUCAGUCAGGGGGAACAGGGCCUGGAGGAGCUGUCUGGUGGGUCCCGGGAAGAGGAGAGGCUUUUGCAGGAGCUGUUGGGGCUGUACCAAGUCCACGGAGAGGACCAGCUGUCCUGAGGCCCCAAUGGUCACUGCGGGCAUCUUUCGGUUGUUGUCUUAGGGUUUCUGCAGGAAUGUAAUGAGAAACCCACACUUAAUUAUUCUCUCAACUUGAGAUUUUGUGAGUAAAAAUAAGAAUCAAGUCUUUACCACAUCUUUAGUACCUUAU